AAUACGGAGUACCGAGCUACCGCGCCCGUGGUGGUUACGCCCAGCUUCUUGACACAACCGAACCCGACGACAUUUCUUCGAGAUGCGACCUUCGCUGUUCGUAUGCCCCCCCGCUAUCGAGUCAAGCUAGUGGCAUCAAAAUAUCCACGCGACUGCUUAGCACUGUGUAAUGGAUUGGGCACUUCUGCCUACUGGUGUAUCUCUCCCCAACUCCCUAAGCUGAACGCUCCAUCCAUCCUAUCUAUCCGUCCGUCAACCGACAAUCUUCGAGGCCGUCACGCGCCCUGCCCCCUGCGAACAUCACCUCUCGCCUUUGCUUCAUCCUCCACUCCCGACGUCUCCGGCGGGCUCUUGUUCCGUCUUCUAGCGCUUGUUUGAAUUAGACGUACGGUAUAGAAGUCAUUGGAUUGUCGUUGGAAUGGGCCCAUCGUCUACAGCCUGACGCUUCUUCUUUGUCCUUCCGGGACAGACGUAUCGAUCGAUUCUAAUGCGUCGUUCAUGAGGACUAUGC